GAAAGAACCUCCCCAGCACCGAAGCCACUCUGUUUUAUGAUUCUCAGCAGUCACCACCACCGCUCCUUGUUCUUCUCACAUCUGUCUCUGCUUUUGUUCUCUCACACGCAACCCACAGUGCCACUCUCUCUCUCUCUCUCUCCUUUUGAACGCCCUCAAAGGCUCAAACAACAGAACAGACACAAACACUAACACUCACUCGAAAGAUCAAUAAUGGGAUCUGGGGCCGGCAAUUUCCUCAAGGUUCUUCUCAAAAACUUCGAUGUCCUUGCUGGGCCUGUCAUUAGUCUUGUUUAUCCUCUAUAUGCUUCAAUUAGGGCGAUUGAGAGCAAGUCUCCCAUUGAUGAUCAGCAGUGGCUCACUUACUGGGUUCUCUACUCCUUGAUCACACUCUUUGAACUUACCUUUGCUAGAGUCCUUGAAUGGAUUCCAAUAUGGCCUUAUGCAAAGCUGAUUGCAACCUGCUGGUUGGUCCUUCCUUACUUUAGCGGUGCUGCUUAUGUUUAUGAGCAUUAUGUGAGACCUUUCUAUGUCAAUCCUCAGACCAUUAACAUCUGGUACGUUCCAAGGAAAAAAGACGCCUUGGGUAAGCGAGAUGAUAUUCUAACUGCUGCAGAGAAGUACAUCCAAGAGAAUGGAACAGAAGCAUUUGAGAAUAUCAUCAAUAGGGCUGACAAAUCAAGAACGGGUGGCGGUUAUUAUUCAAUGUAUGAUGAGACUUAUUGAGUACAAUCAUGUAGUUUCUCUGUCUUUCGUGGAUAAGUGGAUGCAUGUACAUGUUACCAUGUUGCUGAUAUUUUAUUUUUCCUUCUCCGUGGUGAUAUUUUACUCUUUUUUUUUCAUCCCUUUAUUGAGUUUUUAUAUCCCUGUAACUAGCUUUGGAUUAGUCAUCUAUGUUUUGUAUAAUGGCUAUGACACGCAUGGUAUAUAUAUAUAUAUAUAUAUAUAUAAUAUAUAAUGUUAGUACAACAGCAGAAACUCGUUGAUUUUUUUCUUGUUAUAUUAUAUCCCCCAACAAAACCCCACCAUUGUUGGAUCUUUUAAUUACAUAAAUUCCACUAUUGAUUCCUUGAUUA